ACGCGAAAAAAACUGCAAAUUUGAACAAGACCUCAAAAAUUAAAUAAAAAUUAGUUUUGCUCAAAAAAUCGCAACAUAAAAACAUCAAACAAGGUGAAUAUUAAACCAUCUUUUAGUGUAAAGUGCCAUCCACUGAACAAAACUGUGAUAGCUGAAAAAUCUCUCAAACAAAAUGCUCCAGCAAGAGCAACUGCUCAAGGUGGACCGGCCGUGUCCGGAUCCGGACCCGAAAGUUGCCGCAGAAUCGGCCCCUCAGCCGCCGCCGGCCACCUACCAGAUGAGGCCCACGCUGGAGCAAACGUUCAAGUCAGAGAAGAUCAAGCAAAUCAUCGGCACCGUGCUGAACGAUACGCUGAGCGGCCAAACCUACACCGCCCUGGACGCCGCCCGCUGGACCAAAUCGCUCGCCGACGAAAUCAGCCUCAAGGUGAAGGACCUGGAGAUGAAGCGGUACAAGCACGUUGUCCAGGUGGUGCUCGGUCAGCAGCUGGGCGCCGGCUGCAAGUACAUUGCCCGCUGUCGCUGGGACGCCGAAUGCGACAACCAGACGUCGGCCGAGUUCAAGAACGCCACCAUCUUCUGCAUCGUGACCGUGUUUGGGCUGUAUCUGUAUUGAGUAUUUUUCUUUUUUGCUGUAAGGGUUUUAAUUGGAUUUAAUUGAUUGUACACUAUUGAUGCUUGCGACACAACGAGGCGAGCACCAGCACCAGAAUAGACG